UAAGAGUAUUCGAGUCAGUUCGUUAGCUAAUUAGUCAGGUGUUGGUAGCUAAGGAACAGACAAAUCGGCCACCAGUUGAUGUCACGCAACAGCCUUCGCCAAGAGGCUAUCCAUCCAGUUUUGUCACCGAGCUUCCCAAUUCAGCCAACCAGCCAGCAAGGAAGCACUGUAGACAACAACAGCCAACCCUACCAGACAACCGGCUAGGAUAACCAUCCCAGUGCACAAACUGGCCGUCUAACCAUACAACUAACCAUCUAACAUCGAGCCAGUCAGCUAGACACACAUACAGCCAAUCAGCCAGCCAGCCAGCCAGCCAGCCUGACAACGAGCAAGCCAGGUAGCCGUCAGUGUAAGCCGUCCAUCAAUCCAUUCAUCCUGUCAUCCAGUCAUGUAGACUGAAGCACAAGGUAAGAAAGAUUUAAGGAGACGUCACUGAGAUAUGUACUGCCUUACUACUGUUCACUGUUGUAAUAACUUUUCUCUGACUCAGCCUCAACAUGUGAUGUUACACGGGUUCCUAUUCAUCGAUACUAAUUGAUCAAGCGGGUGACUUGGGUAUCAAUGAACAGCACAAGUUAUUGAUAGAUUGUUAAACAAACUGAAAAUGCACGACAGAGUCCAUUGCUUGCUGAAGCGCUUUAUUAUCUUCUUCAACUUGCUGAUUGCGUUUUCUGGGGCCAUUAGUAUUGGUCUGGGACUUUGGAUUAUUCUUGACGAUGCAUCAUCGCUAGCUUUCACCAAAGUGAAUGAGCUUCAACGAUUGGAACCCAGUAUUGUGGAACUGGGUGCUUAUGUGGUCAUUGCAGGAGGUUGUGCAGCCUUAAUGUUUGGACUUCUGGCAAUUGUGUCAGUCUGUAGUGAAAGCAAGUGCUGUCUUACAUUUUACAUUGCCAUUAUCGCGUCAGCCCUCACACUGCAAGUAUCAUCUGCCACAAUGGGAUUCAUGUUUAAAGAUAAGUGGCAAAACCAUUUGGAAAAUGAAGUUCUCCAAGAAAUCUCAUCCAGUUUUGAUGGCAAAGUUAACUCUAACAAUACUUUUACUCAAAUAUUGAAUUCAUUCCAGAUAACGUUUGAGUGCUGUGGUGUUAAUAAUUACACUGAUUUUGAAAGAACCAAUCUCUGGACAAAGAAUUACAAUGGAACAACCACAAUAAUACCACAGUCUUGUUGCCGAGAUCGGAGAAUUACAACAGACUGUUUGACUUCGCCAAACGGAAAGAAUUCUUAUAUUGAGAAGGGUUGCAAGCAAACUAUCACUGAUCUGGUGACACGGUAUCACGGCGUCUUGAUUGCAGUAUCAUUAACAAUACUUGUUCUUGAGUGCCUGUCCCUCUACUUUUCAUUAACGUUCUUAGGAAUCAUAGUCUCAAAAGAAUAUGAACUGGACCAUUAGAAAACUGCUUAUUCUGAACGCUUCCACACCAUUCUUCAACAACGGAGUUAAACAACAUAUCCACUGCAUUCCAUCAUGAUUGCCUCAGCAUACGCUAAAACAUUUUUUAUAUUAUGUCACUACAUAUAUACAUUUGACAUAGAAGUUUUUUUUUCCUCAAUAAAAGCAUUAAAUAUAAAAUGAAACAAAUUAA